AUGCAACUCCAAUUCAGCACCCUUCCUGGCCUUCUCGCCGUCUUUGUCGCCUUUCCUCUAACCUCGACCUUCGCCAACCCUGUCGAGAUCAACAGUUCUCCUAUCCCGUCAGCCUUCCCCCAAAGCCCCAGCGCCGGUGCCAGCGCCAGCGUUAACGCUGGCGCUAACGCCAACGGCCCCUCCAUCCAGGAACCAGAACGACCGAUUCCAUCUCUUAAACCUGAGCAAGCAACGGCCUCGCAGUCAUUAGUCCACUCGAUCGCAACCCUCAUUGCUUCCUCCGCCGCCUCCUCCCUCGACCCGACUACAUGCCCACCAACCCACAAUUCACGCCAGUGCUGCACAUCCGUGGACAGUCUUGCGGACGACGUGGUCGGUGAGGACGCGAUCGGCGGUCUGAUACCGUGGUUCCAGGGCGUGAAGAUCAGUAGUAUAGUAGGCUUUCAGUAUGGAACGAAAGCUAAUGUCGACUCUGGGAACAGAGGCGACCGUACUAACUUAAAUGGACAGCCCGGUACGCAGUCCCUUUUCAAGAGCGGAUGUAUCCCCUACGACAAGGCUAUCCAGGACAAGAAGGAGGCGAUUGAAAAGAGCAAGGCCGAGGCAAGUUAUCUGGCUGCGCAGUCUAGUUCCGUUCCAACGCCCACGCCUUCGAAAUAG